CAAAUAGGAAGCGGAGCGCGCAAAGAACCAAUUUUGUUCUCCUUAAAAAAGAAGAGAGCAUUUCCUGCCACCUUCCCUGAUUCCAUCACUCGCCGCAUAGUAGAUCACUCCUCGCAGGCAGCCAGCUGCUGUCUCCCGUCCCGCCUCGACAUGUCCGCCGCCGUAGGCUCGUCGUUCCCGGCCGUGGCCGUUGGGCAGCACCGCCGGCGGGGUCGCGCCGCAGCUGUGCAGGUCCGUAGCUCGGCGAUGGCCGCGGCGGCGCCCAUCCUGGACGACCUGAGGCUGCGGUGCGCGACGCCGCUCCCUCUGCUGCGGCACGUGGCGGACGCCAUGGCCGCGGACAUGCGCGCUGGGCUUGCCGCGGACGGCGCCGGCGAGCUCAAGAUGAUCCCCAGCUACGUCUACUCGCUCCCCACUGGGGAUGAGACCGGGCUGUUCUAUGCCCUGGAUCUUGGAGGCACCAACUUCAGAGUCCUCAGGGUGCAGCUGGGAGGAAAAGAUAGGCGUGUCAUCGACAGCGAGUCCGAGCAAGUGUCCAUCCCAAAAGAAAUCAUGCAUGGUACAACUGAGGAACUGUUCGAUUUCAUUGCGGCCCGCCUAUCGAAUUUUGUGGCCAAGGAGGGCGGCACCUUUCGUAUUCAGAAAGGUAGAAAGAGAGAGAUAGGUUUUACCUUCUCCUUUCCGGUAAAGCAAACUUCUAUUGAUUCCGGCAUUCUGAUCAAGUGGACAAAGGGUUUUGCCGUCUCUGGAACUGCUGGGAAGGAUGUAGUUGCCUGUCUAAAUGCUGCAAUGGAGAGACAAGGGCUUGACAUGAGUGUAUCUGCUUUGGUAAACGAUACCGUUGGAACCUUAGCUGGAGCGCAUUAUUGGGACAAGGACGUGAUGGUUGCAGUAAUAUUGGGCACUGGCACAAAUGCUUGCUACAUUGAGAAAAACGAUUUUAUCCCAAAGCUCCUACACCUUGGGCCUGUAACAGGAAACACGAUUAUCAACACUGAAUGGGGAGCGUUUUCAGAUGGUCUUCCACUAACUGAAUUUGACAGAGACAUGGAUGCUGAGAGCAUAAAUCCCGGUGAACAGAUAUUUGAGAAGACGAUUUCUGGUAUGUACCUUGGAGAAAUUGUGCGAAGAGCGCUGGCCAAAAUGGCUCAAGAGCAUGAUCUGUUUGGCCAUUCUUUCGCUGACAAACUUGCUCAGCCGUUUGUCCUAAGAACCCCACAUUUGUGUGCUAUGCAACAAGAUCGUUCCAAUGACCUGGGAGAAGUUGAAUUAAUCUUACGCGACGUGAUCGGUGUCAAUGAAUCUUCUCUAGCGGAACGGAGGGCUAUCGUAGAUGUUUCUGAUUGCAUCGUCAAGAGAGGCGGUCGGUUGGCUGGUGCCGGCAUUGCUGGCAUUCUUCAGAAGAUGGAGAGCGACUCCAAUGGGCAGGUCUUAGGGAGACGAACAGCGGUCGCGAUGGAUGGUGGACUUUACGAGAAUUACCCUCAGUACAGGUCGUAUAUGACCGAUGCUAUGGUGGAGCUUCUCGGGCCCCAGGACUCGGAGCACGUAGUCGUUGAGCACACAAAAGAUGGGUCUGGCAUCGGCGCAGCACUGUUGGCUGCCGCAAACUCAAAAUAUGCAGCGCAGUCCUCGACAUGACAGUCAUCAGGAACCUGCAACAUGGAGAGUUUGCUGCUACGUACAUUGGGUAUUUGGGUGGGUUCUGGAACUUUACAACAGGAGGUUAUCAACCGAACAAAUCACAUCAACCGAACCAAGACUGGCCUAGAUUACAGGAGAUUACAACAGAUCUGCCUUGUUAUUGUAUUAUCGAAGAUCCAAACACGCAAAUGUUAAAGAAAUACCUAACAACAUGUGUAACUAUCGGCAUAUGAAUAAUCAGUGAGUGUCUUUCAAGAGCAUCCUGCAAUCUCAGACCGUACUUAUCCAGAAGAUUGAGAUUUCUUGUUAGACUCUUAAUGGUGGUGUGCGGGGCUGGUAUUUCAAGAAUGUUGAAUAAUUUUCAGUUGCAUUUUUUUGUCAUACAAAUAAUUGAGCAUUAGCAAGAGAUUCGCGACCUAUGAAUUCUUAUGGAAACUCGGGUUUUCCAAGUUAUUAGAAAA